ACCUUUAACAUUCGCGUUAAAACGUAAAUGUCAUUGACUAGACGAGCGAGUAGCUUGUGUGUUCUACUUUCAGCAGUGUUUACCCGUUUCUAAAAUCAGCGAUGUCAAAGAUUGGUUGUCAAGUGGUCAUGCAUAUGCUUGCAAGACAGGUUUUUUUAACGGGAUGCAGGCCUGUAAGCUCUGUCAGACACAGCCACUGGAUCACGUCGGUGUUUUCGCUGAAGAAUUCAGUACCUCUGAGAGCUGAGCCGAAGAAAAAGAAGAAGGUUGACCCGCGCCGUGAGCUUAUGGUAAAAGAGCGUCUGAAGAAGAAGGUGAAGAAGCUUGAGAAAAUCCCACCCGAGCUUAUUCCUAUAGAAGACUUUAUACCUCCAGCCAAGUGCUUUGAUGAGAUCAGAGUUCGCAGUCCUCCGAAGUUGUCUUUUGAAGAAAGUGAGCGAAGGGCACUACUGCUUAAGGAAUGGUCCAGAUACAAAAACUCACAGCACCAGACUGAUAUGAUGGCUAUUGAAGAGGCUCUACAGGCCCAGACAAAAGCUUUAAAAGAGCUUCAGCUGGAAUCAGAAGAGCUUUAUAAAGCUGCAAUUGGCCCUGACAGUAGUCUUUUCCCUUUUCAUCACCAUGGUUCUAGUUUUACGCCACCUGUUCCAAACCAAGAAGCCCCCUAUGGCAAAUAUUAUGACAUUACACGAGUGUACACUCAAUGAUGAAACCUAGUGACUUCUGCUAUUAAUAAUGAAAAAAAUUUCUGAUGAAAUUGUACUUUUGGUUUGUCAUUUUUAUGCCAUUUGAAUUUAUUUCAUGACUUAUAUUGAGCAGUAUUAAAAUGCUUAUGUGUAUAA